UAUUUAACACACAAUAUCCAUCCAUUACACGCCCAAAUGUCGACAGGACAACGGAACGCCGCGAAGGUAUCCUAAUGUCUGUCACUCACAAACUCAUGAAUUUUCCUACCAGCGGAUGUCUAUCCUGUUCCAGACUAGUGGCCCCCUCAAUCGAAGCAUUGUCUUUUGCAAACGACCGGUCUGCCCUGUGUAUAUCCCCACACGCCGCCACGGGUGGGCGGAUAACAGAAAGUGGUGUUGCAACUUUCGAUUGUCCCAGGGUGCAUGAGACCCCUGCCAAGGCUCUGGCGACUACAGUACUGCUUCCAGACCAACCUCGGGGAAGCAGCAGAAUCGUCUGAAUCAAGAAACGCAACAGAAAUAACCAGCGCAGCCAUAGUAGGCGGGCGCAGGCACUAACAUGGCUUUGAGAAGUAGGCCUACUGGGAAGAUACAAUGCAAGUGCCCCAAAAGGUGUAGUUGGGGAAUUUUGUAACCAAGGUAAGGUAAGUAUGCUGCUUUUAUAGCAUAAGGCUCUGCGUUGAAGGAAUGAGUUGGCAAGGUAAUGUACCCAGGUUAGGUAGGUGGGUAAAUUGGGCUUUUUGAAAUUGGCGUUACUGCGGGUUGUAUUUAUUCGUAUG